AUGGGGCGGCAGUGGGGCACGGCUGCGUUACUUGUGGCGCUGGGGCACCUGGCCAUGCUGCUGGCAUCGGGCACCGCCUGCGCCAACGUGUACCGAAGGGUCUCUGACUGCGUCCUGAAGCUGGGAGAGAGCAUGGCCACAUAUGGGGAGGAGGACAGCGUGGAGCUGCAGGGGCUGCGCAGGGUCUGUGGGUACUGGGAUGAAUUUCAUGUCUGUGCCCUGACUGCUCUCUGGGAGUGCCAGAAGGAAGCAGCAGCCGUCUGGGAGAUGCUGAGGAAGGAAUCCCGAAAGAUCAAAUUCCAAGGCAGCCUGUUUGACCUCUGCAGCUCCAGCACAGCCCAAAGCUUUGCCUGGCCCUGUAUUCCCAACGUGUCAGUUCUUAGCAUCCCCCUCAUCAUCACUUGGCUGAACUUAUAG